AUGGCCGCAAAGGUUGUUCACUGGAAUAGCUAUCUCCAGGUGAUUCUGUCCCGUGAAAGCCGGAGAGUUGAGUGUUUCCAGAAAGCAGAGAACAUUCUGCUUAUUGUACUGGAGAGAGUCAAUGCAAUGGACCCCAGGUUUAUAGUGGAUUAUUCAAGAAACCUGGAAGCCUUGGAAUUUGCCCUCUCUGCUGCUGAGGAUGAAGUAAGCAUGGAGGUUCCCUUGUGUAUUGAUGCGGAUGCCCUCUUGAUGCAGGAGUGUUCAGGUGAACAGAGCGACUCCGAGAAGGUUACUCGUGGGAACUACCAGAUGCCAGGAUCUUGCUAUGUAGGAAUACCUAAGGAAGGUGCUCACCCUGAAAACUGGACCAAAGAAGAUGUAUUCAGUGCGGUGGGUGGUACUGAAUCCAGUGGCCACAUUGUGCCAGGCAAGGUCCUUCAUCUCCUGAAAGAAUUGAUCAUUGCUGCAAUUGUGCAUUGCAAGCACCAGUCCCUUAUCAAACCAGGUAUUUGUCUGAAACGGAAACAAACAAGGUGUGUCUGUGGGUGGGUGUGUAAGAGAGAGAAAAAGAGACAGGCAGAAAGAAAAAGACAGACAAGUAGGGGCUGGGAAUUAAUUCUUUGGAACUUCUGAGUCAACAUGCAUAGUAUAAGACUUAACAAGAGGGAAAGGAGAGAAGAUCGGAGGAAUAAUACAGCAGGAGACCAGAUAUAGGUGGUUACUCUCAGAUAAGCAUGUUCUUAAGCUAGAACACAUACAUAAUAUCACCCCAGUGUGACUGGGAUCGAGUGCCAGGAUAUAUUUAUACUUGAAGGGUAUUUUCACACACCUUGAAUUGUACAGUAUAUAAGGUGGCAUAUAAAUGUUUAAAUAAACUGCACACUCUCACACCCCAAUGUGCAAUGAUGGUAAUGGAAAGGAGGGAAAGCUGUAGGCAUGAUAAUUUCUUUCUGUACAGAGUGCAUGCUGAACCCCUGUUUCAGUUCCAGUUAAGUGCACUUCUGCCCUGAUGGUUUUCCUCUUGCCUAUGGCACAAUGUGAUGGCUUUAUUUGUCACGAAACAUGGUAGAAGCAAGCAGAUACAAUUGCAGUAAGCUAACUGUGCAUCUGAUUCCUGGGGAGAAACUUGUGUGCUUCUCCUCUUCCUGCUGACAGUCUGCACAUUGGUUCCAGUUAGAAACUCUCUGCUCUCUCUUUCCAAAAAUCAAACUGCAGACUGCACCUCUGCCCCUUUCUCUAACUCCAAGGGUUGUCAUGUGCUGAAGGUUGGUUCCCAGGCCAUUAGGAAAAUCCCACGCUGUCAUUAUCAGGACCAUUAUGAUUCUUUGAUUAAUAUCCCUAAUCACUCAUUCACAGCCAUAAUGACAGUGAAGCACACAAUAUAUUAUUCUGCAGUACCCUUUGCCCUGUCUUCGCCGCAUGGAAACAAACACCCAGCUAGCCCUGGCCUGUUUCAUAUUCCAGGAAAGCCCUGGACUUGGUUUCUGUUUCCUUCUUGACAAGCGCAUUUUUCUGUUGAUCUGUUUGUUGAUUUUUCAGUCUGUUUUGUGCAUGCCGUUACACCCCAUGACAGUUGUGUCUCACCGCAUCGUUGCAGGUGCCUUAUGUCAAACUAGGAAAGAAUCCAUUCCGAAAAAUGAAUCAGGGUUUCAUGGGGUUGCCGGGUCUCAGGGCCUGACUCAGAGCCUCAGGGAUCUCUGAGCCUCUUACCUCUGGUUUCAUGAUCCUUUCAGUCAGGUUUGGCAAGGAGGGAAGACUUGCUGGCCUGGAGCAAGAGAACUUCUUGCAAGAGGAGAAUUUUCACAGAACACCCAGUAGAGGUAGCUUGACAUUGUAAAAGUUAUUUAGGCUGCAAUUCUGUCCAUGCAUUCUUGGGAAUGAGAAUAAGUACUAUUGAACUCUGUGGCACUUCUGAGUAAUCAUGCAUAGGAUUGCACAGUCAACUAUGCUUAUCGGGGAGCUGGGUAUUCAUGAAUGGAGGCUGAAAUAUACUGGAUUGGGGCUAAGACACCACAGGUUGCCUGACAAUUCCAUCCCCGGAGCGUUAGAUCUUAUUUAUUAUUUUUCUGUACCAUACUUCAGUAAAAAAAAAUUAUCCAUGAAAUUUUCAAAAAAAUAAAAUAAUAGAAGUGUACUAAAAAAAAUCUACAAAACAGCUACUGAAUCAGCAAAAUACGGGCAUCAAUAAAAGCAGAAACAUGCUAGGAAAAGGCUAAGAAACCAAUCUUCACUUGUGGCCAAAAAGACAUGAAAACAGGUUCGAAGUAAACUUCCAUGGGAGGAGUUCCAUACCAUAGGGGGUUCAGACCAUGUCCCCACCGCUAACAGCACACACUUUUAAAGAGAUGUCUGCUUACAGAUUAGCCUGCCCAUGUACUGCAGUUAUUUUCAGAGUCCUUUCUCUGGGUGCUACCUACCAUCUGGGGUAAGGUGGGUGAUGACCAGAAUGAGCCUCCUCUCUUGUAUCAGGGCUGUGGCUAACCCGAUUUUGGCUUACUGGCCAUAUUCGCCCUACCCCAAUCCUCUGUACACCAACAAUCGGGGUGGUAGCCAGAGGGUAGGUAUGGUCAUUCUACGCACCUGCACACACAAACACACACAUCCCACCCAUGAAUAUCAGUUGAGAAGGAGGUCAUCACCCUUUCCUGCUCAUUAAAUUAUUGAUCUGGUGAUUAGGAAGGUGUGAUUCACGUUCUCAUCAGGAUGCUGCAGUGCUUUGAAUAAGUUUUGAAAAAAUGUUUUGCUGCCACUGACAGAUUUGGUGAGACCUUGAAGGACUAGAAAAAUGUGCUUUUUAACCAAGCCUUUGGUUGAUACGCCCUUUUAAAAGGUUUUGGGUUUUUUUAAUAGUGGAGUUAUUGAGUUGUUGUUUUUAUUUUGAAAAUGCAUUUCAUGGUUUAUAUUUCAUUUUUAUUCUGUGAACCGCCCUGAGACCUGUGGGUAUAGGGCGGUAUAUAAAUUAAAUAAAUAAAUAAGCAAGCAAGCUGCACCAGGCUUCCAUACAUUAUCUACCUCUGGCGUAUAUAUACCUAUAUGUUUUUUUCAAGUCAUUUACUUGGUUCUUCUAAUCUUAUCUUUAAAGUGGUGUUUUGCUUCACAGAAAGGAGCUUAGAGGUAUUGUUUCUUUAUUUAUAUUUUUUUUGUUUAAGACAUUUAUAUGCCAUUUAAUCAUUAGCGAUUCUAAGCAGCAUACAUAAAAACAAACCAUGCAGAAAAUGAAACAAUAACAAAAUGAUCACAAAACCGAACGUGACCUUAAAACGCCUGCUGGAAUUUACCACAAGCUAGAUGAGCAGAAAUCCAAAUUUAGGCCAUAUCCAUUAUCCCUGCUACAGAGAGACAGAUGAAGGUCAUUUCUUUACUGCAGAACUAAGGCGAGGAAGAGCAGAACUGGCACAGAGGCCUGAUGGCUUUGAAUCCAUCUUUCCACUUCCAGAAUUCCUAUACAUAGAGAGGCUUUCUCAGCAGUUUAGAUUCAGAUGUGCCGAACUAUUUCUGGAACCUGGUUCAUUGGUAUGAAUGGUGGGAAGUUUUGGCAUCCUAACGUUUUGGAAAAUGUGACUGUUUUUAUGCUUCUAACAGCAGUAUCUGGAAAUUCUGGCUCUUAGGGAUUCCGCAUGCCAGAGAUUCAGAAUGCUAUGUUCUGUAUGUAGCAUACAUUCAGCUUGUGGCUACAAUUUAUUCCACAAAUAGCUUGUAGGAGGACAGCUUUGCAGUUGUCACAAUAAUGCUAAAUGAAUAGGUCAGUCAAACUUUCCUAGCAACCUGUCAGCAAUAAUGAGAGACAAGUGGUAACAAGAACCAAUCCUAAACUCUUAAUCUUACAUCAUGCAAAUUUAUUUUCUCCCCUCUAAUGGCAUUUGUUCGGUUAUAAUAUAAGGAACUCUUUGAGGUGCAGUUUUUGGAAAAAAAUUAAAAGAAGGGAAUUCAGAAGACAACAAAUAUACAGUCUUUUUUGUCUAGGAAUCUAAACUGGCUACAAAAAAAUGAGGUAGGAUGUAGCUUCUUCAGAAGUGCGUGUGCAAAAUGCAGUUUGGUAGAUCACUGAAUGAAUGUUAAAUGUUUAGAGAAGUUGGACAAGCACUAUUUCUUAGAAAUUAACUAUCAUGAUAUCAGUCAUGGGGUUUGGCCCUAACUCAUACUGAAAGCCAGUGUGGUAUAGUGGUUCAGAGUGUUUGAGGACCGGGACAUUCGCAGGGAAACCAAAAUGCUUGUUUACAAUGCUAUUGUACUACCAACCUUAUUGUAUGGUUGUGAAACAUGGACCACUUAUAAAUGCCAUCUCCAACUCCUCGAAAUAUUCCAUCAAUGGUGUCUCUGAAAAAUUUUACACAUCACUUAGGAAAAGAGGCAAACUAAUGCCAGUGUACUGGAAGAAGCAAAUAUCACCAGGGUCGAAGCAAUGAUUCUUCAGUAUCAACUUUGUUGGACUGGUCGUGUUGUUCGGAUGCCUGAUGAUCAUCUUUCAAAGCAACUACUCCAUUCCGAACUUAAAAAUGGAAAGCGUAAUGCUGGUGGUCAACAAAAGAGCUUUAAAGACUCUCUCAAGGCAAAUCUUUAAAAAUGUAAUAUAAAUACCGACAUUUGGGAAACACUGGCCUGUGAGCGCUGCAAUUGGAGAACAGCCUUUACCAAAGGUGUCAUGAACUUUGGACGCUCAAACUCAGGACAAAAGGGAGAAACGUGCUAAGAGGAAGGCACAUUUGGCAAACCCUCACUAUGAUCAACUUCUGCUCGGAAAUCUAUGUCCCCGCUGUGGAAGGAUGUGUGGAUCCAGAACUGGCCUCCACAGUCACUUACUGUCAGGAUGUUGUCAGCGGCCCCCAGCUGGCUGUCCAGGAAAUUAUAAAGACAAGGAAAACUUUCUUACAGUCCUUUUUUAUUUCAAUCUUUACAGAGAGAGGCUAUAGAAACCAGCCUCUUGGAUAAUGACAUUAUCCUGAGUGAAUCUCCACCUCUCCAUCUCUCCCACUUCCUCAUUUGUGAUCCUCAUCAUCUCCUCUACAGGUGCUGCUAUGUGCCUCUGUCUUCAGGCUCUUUGCUCUCCUACUUUUAAGGCCCGCCAGGUUCUGGGAGAUGGAGGGUAUGGAAUGCUUUCUAACGACAAUGUGUCAGCCAGCUACUGCUCUGGCUCUCCCAUGAUUUCACAACUUUCCCCCUCAUCUGCCUCUGAGCUGCGACCUCCCUCAAACCCCUGUUGUAAAUCUAUACUGUAUUCUUCCUCCAUGGAAGGACCAGGAUGGGGAGGCAGUCUCCACCAUUCCUCCUCUGCCCAGUUCCUGACACUUACAGACUCACAGUUAAGACCGUGUUCAUGAAAGAGAAUCCUACUUGGCUACGAGUGAUCACCAAAGAAGAAGAAGGUGUAGUUGUUAGAGUGUUGAAUUAUGACCUUGGGCGAGUCACUGUCUCUCAGUCUAAUUUUCCUUCACAAAGUUGUUGUGGAGACAGAAUGGGGAGGGCAGAACCAUGUAUACCACCUUGAGCUCUUUGGAGGGAAAAGUGGUAUAUAAAUGUAGUAAAUUAAUUUUUAAAAAGACUGAGUGAGAAUAUUGCCACUGAUUUAAUGAAGGGGGUGGGGAGUAACCUUGUAGCUAGGAACAUAUAGGGAUUAUAUAUGCAUACUCCUUUGGCUAUAUAUUUAUAUAUGUAUACAAUGGGGCACAAUCUAGUAAUAGUUUAGUCCUAGGUUGUUCUGCUGAUUCCAGUGUGGCUUAACUUAAAUUUAAUUUUGCUAAACCGUCUCCCAAGCAAAUUAUUCUUCUCCACAAUAGGCCUUAAAAUGCUUUGCUGGUUUUUUUUUUUUUUGGGGGGGGGGGGUUAGAUGAAGGUUGCUAAUUGUGCCACUUCACAGUUAUACAGAGGAUCUACAUUGGUUCCUUUUCUGUUAUUUCUGAUGGGAGUAUUGUUUCCAAAAUAAACAAGACCAUGGUGGGAACCUGGAAAAGAGACACUGGCGUGCAUCUCUCUAAUUGCAUUUAUUCCCUUGACCCUCUCCAGGUGAACUCAGUGCUGAGAGGCUGAAGGAUGAUGACAUGCAGCUGCCUUUGCUAGUGUCCAGUGGAUGGAAAAUGAUCUGUUUCAAUGUUGUCCCUGUAAUAAGGAGAAAGCAGGAUGUUCUGAAACUCAGCAACAAUUGGCGAGAAAAGGGUUUCCCACAAAGCAGCAUGAGCAAAGUCACUCAGGAAGCUGACUACAUCCCUGCCAGUUACUAUCACUGGAGGUAAAGUGCAAUCCUGUACUGUUGCUAUGAAUGCUACUUUAGGGGAAAGGAGCAUCUUUUAGAGUGUCUCAGCUGUCAUGUCUUCUCUAGAAUAUGCAUGUUGUGUAACUAGAUUUCUCUUGAGUUGCGUGGAGGAGAGUGAAGGGUCAAAAUCCUACACGCUUCAGAAAUCAUAUACAAUGACCAAUGAACUCCAUACACCUCCUUUGUCACAAAACUGUUGUGUGCCUCUCUCCAGUCAUGAGGUCUACAAACAUCAUCAUUAUCAUCACCACCAUCAUCAUUAUGGUAGGAAUUAAAUGAACGCCACCAAUAAUUUUUCUCUCUUUUUGUGAAUCUGAAGAGUUCUAAGACAAGGUAGGGCAACAAACACAAAGGUUAUUUUGUCAGUACUGCCAUUAAGAUUAUAAACAGUUCUAUCUAGAGUGAAACCAUUUUUUCCAGUCCAGACUCCAGCUUAGCCUAACAAAAUAUUCAGGCAUAUUCAUUCUAAAAUGUGGAUUUUGCUUUGGAAUGGAUUCAUUCUUUAUUUUAUUAUAAAUAUUUACAUCCCAUCUUUGUGUGUGAGUGUGGGUGGGUGUGUAUUGCCCCUUUUUGUAUCUAGUAUUGUUUUUGGCUGCCUUGGGCAUGAUUCAAGCUAAAAGCAAUGACAGAUGCAACAACAAAAAGUAAAACAGCAAAAGGAUGAAAACUACUAAACAAGUGACUUUAAACAGCCAUUUAGGUAAUAUAUUGGCCAAUUCAGCAUUAGGCCAUUUUCACCAAUGAAGCAAAAUUCGUUUUUGCAUUUCCGGUGUUUACAAAACUGAAUUAAAAAGCUAUAUUGGUGUACAUUUAAUUGGAGAACUGUGUGUGUACGCACUAUGACAUCCCCAACCAAUGCAUUACAGACUAAUGAACAUUCUUAGCAACUUGUAAUUUUUUUAAAUACUGCAGCAUGGAGUUUUGGCAAAAUGCAAGUUUUUUUCUAUUUGUAGGGAAAUGCUUCUCCCUUCUGGGUCUGCUUCAUCAUGAAAUGCAAGCUACAUCCUAUCCCCUAAUUAUAUACAUUGGAUACAUAUAUGCCAGGUUGCUUUCAGUGUAGCUUAUCCUGUCUUAGAAUAGAGUAUGAGAUCGAUAAUUAAUUAGCUCCAUAUUUCUGCAAGAACAUUUUAUGUCAGAUGAUGACUCAAGGAAUAUUGGACCAAACAAUGUCACAGAGUCAGUGCACUAUGUUUGAUAGCCUCUACUUUAAAGUUGUCAGAGAUGAUGGCUCUGCAGCUUUCCUAGGUAACUUGUUCAGGCAUGAGAUUCACCAGCAUUAUCACCUCCUUAAAUCUUUGAAGGGUGGGAAGCAAGGAGGAGGCCAGCCUGGGUAGAUCAUGAGUAUUUUAAGAAAGGAGGCAGAUGUUAUUUUAAAUUCUUAAUUGCUGUGCUUUUCACACGGGACUGUGAAGCUAAUAAUUUCUGCAUGGAAAGGUAUAAAAUAUAGUAUAGGUAUAAAAUAUAGAUUUGUCUGUGGGCCGCAGGUUCCCCACCCCUGGACUACAAGAAAGUCCUGUAUAUUUCAUUAUAAAUUACGGUAUAAAUGGAUCCCUUUCGUGCAUAUUUAUUUGCCUUCAUCUAUGCUCUAGGGCAGGGGUAGGCAACCUAAGGCCCGUGGGCUGGAGGCGGCCUAAUCGCCUUCUCAAUCCGGCCCGCAGACGGUCCAGGAAUCAGAGUGUUUUUACAUGAGUAGAAUGUGCCCUUUUAUUUAAAAUGCAUCUCUGGGUUAUUUGUGGGGCAUAGGAAUUCGUUCAUUCCCCCCCCCCCCCAAUAUAUAUAUUCCAGCCCACCACAUGGUCUGAGGGACCAUGGACCGGCCCACGGCUGAAAAAGGUUGCUGACCCCUGCUCUAGGGACACAGCAUUUGAAAAACGGUUCUAGGUGCAUUUAUGCAGCUAAAAUUGGAUUUAUGCUGCUGAGUACCAUAAACCGGCAGUGAGAUGAGUCUUCAGUGGAUGCACAGGUAAUGCUAGUUGUUUGGGUCCUAAUCUAUGUGGUCCAGAGGGCAGUUGGCCCUGACUAACUGCGGGUAAUUGCCCUAGGUUUCUAGAAUGUUUUCGUAUGCCUUCCCACGUGCCCUAAGUCAUGAACUCAUAAACAAGCUAUUUCCACCCUGGGAUGACCUGCAACCAGUUUUGUUCCUGUGAAGAUAAUGGCUUAUUCACAAUUAUGUUUUGCCCUACUCUUUCCAGACACAGGUCCACACUUAGAAGCUCCAUGUCCAAGCAGUUUAUCUGGGGUUUUUUGCCCUGAGUUUUCACCAUGAAAACCCGCUCUUUAACAGUCAGUUGGAGCAAACGUCAAUUUGGAUUUUCCACGGAUUACUGUUUGCUCCGAUUGAGCUUUAAAGAGUGAGUUUUGCAAGGAAAGCUCAGGUUUUGCAGGGAGAGCUUUUACACACUCAGACAUGGAGCUUUUCAGCAUGAACUAUGCCAGAAAGAGUGGAGGAAAGAUAAGUGUGAAUAACCCCCAAGUCAGUUCAACUAAUAUGAAAAUGAGACAGAUCAGUUUAAUCUGCCUUUGUCAGGGUCAUUCUCAAAAUAGCUGUUCCUUAAUGAUAAGGUCCCCUAUUGACCAGUAUGGAAGGAGUAGAUAGAGGAAGAAGAAGAGUUGUCUUGGUUGAAGUCAACAACUGACCCAGGAGACGUGUUGAGAACAGUUAACUACAGUGUAAAGAUCUAGCCGGAAGCAAUUCAAUGGGAAGAUUACACAGUAGGAAGGGGUCAGUUUGAAAGCAUCUUUCUCCAUCUUUUAGAUCUGUCAUGGUGGUAAACCAAAUCCCAAAUUAAUUUUGCAUACAUUCACUUAAUCAAUGUGUGCAAAUAUGAGAACUGAACAUUUUGCCCCUCAUCAACACUUGAGCAGCAAGUUUUGAAGCCUUUGCUUUUUUUUGGCAGUUGAAUUUAAGAUGAAUUAUGCUGUCAGUGUUGGGCACCUUCAAACUUUACCUCACAAAUCAGUAACUCUCCCCAGUUCAUGAAAGAGAUGCAUCUCCUACAGAGGUUAGAGGCAAAGCGGAAGAGCUAUUUUGCCUGAACAAACUUGAAAGACUGUGGGCGGGAUAGCCAUGCCCAAAAUCCAGACCACACAUCUGUGAGGAACAUGAUUGCAGUAUGAAGGAGAGUUAUGGGUUUGGCCAUCACACUUGUGACUGAUUUUCGGGUUACAUCUUUGAAGGAAUUUGCAGAUAAAGGAGUGGCUCAAACAUCUGCAUACCUAAAACCAAAAUAGCAUACAGGGUUGUAACACUGUGAAAAGUCAACAUGUGAUGGGGAAAUGUUAUUGAAUUGUUCUGACCCAACCCCUGCUUACUAUGUCUAUAUAGCAUAUACAUUCACAGAAUCGUAUGUAUAUUCCCCUAAUAAUGAACAAAUGUUAUCUCUCAUAAUUGAGGGAUAUUGUUCCUGCAUUACUGUGCAUAUGCAUAUAGGACUCUGCGUAUGUUGUGUGCCACAGAGACAUUAGCAAAUGCAUGAUAGCCCUGUCUAUCAUGACUUGACUGCCAAAGGUGAUAGAUAACCUUGCCUUUUGACAAAUCUGUGUACUCAAGAAUAUGGGGAUUUGGGGGGGCUUGUAUGUGUCUGUGUGGCUGAGCUCUCUUCUGAUGCUUUGCACGUUAUGCUUAUUUGCUGUGUUUGGAAUCGAUGCGUCCUUCCUUAGAGGAAAAAAUGAAAGUUGGCAGUGACCAGAUCACCAUCUCUAUUGGCCCAAUAGCUUCAAUGUAGUCCUCCCCUCAGGGACGCGGGUGGCACUGUGGGUUAAACCACAGAGCCUAGGACUUGCCGAUCAGAAGGUUGGCGGUUUGAAUCCCCGCUAUGGGGUGAGCUCCCAUUGCUCGGUCCCUGCUCCUGCCAACCUAGCAGUUCGAAAGCACGUCAAAGUGCAAGUAGAUAAAUAGAUACCGCUCCGGCGGGAAGGUAAACGGCGUUUCUGUGUGCUGCUCUGGUUCACCAGAAGUGGCUUAGUCAUGCUGGCCACAUGACCUGGAAGCUGUAUGCCGGCUCCCUUGACCAAUAAAGUGAGAUGAGCGCCGCAACCCCAACAUUGGUCACAACUGGACCUAAUGGUCAGGGGUCCCUUAGUCCUCCCUUCAGAGGGGGCUCAGUUUGGGAUAUUAAUCUGUUGACACAAUCUACUUCAUGGAUGACAAUGUGAGUUUCAUGCGUUUCCCUCUGGUGUAUUGGUUCCCCUCUGUUAUCAAUUCUACCCUGAAAUCCUCAAAUAGUUCAACUUCUAACCAUGUGUUUCUCUUGUUAGAUAUUCCACCAACCGUCCCAUCCUGAAACUCAUUCAGAUUGUGAGCACCCUAAAGGGGUAUCGUUUAGACAGCCUCCGCCUCCUUGAUCAAGUCGCCCAUGAGAACUGGAGAGAGGAAGGCAAGAAAUGUGGGCUUGCAUUUCACCACUUGAAGGUAGGUUUUUCUGGACUGUUAAUCUCAGUCCUUUUGAUGUGGCUUAUUUGCCUUGGAGCAAGCUGUUGCUUGCGCAAUGGUAGGCAGAACAGCAGCGUAUGCUCCCUGGCAAGUAUGCGGGGAAAACAAGCAGCUCUGCCUCAUUUGUUAUUUUAAAAUCCCCACACCCAGUACUAAGAAGUACCAGGGCAGGGUUCCGCUGCUGUUUUUAACACCCGAAUCUGUAAACAGCCUAUAAUAUAUUAUGUAAUGAUUGCUGGCCCCUCUCUGACGCCAUUUCCUGCAGAGGUGGAAAAGCCCAUAGGGCAGCAUAUGUGUGCCAUCUAAGAAGGUGAAGGUGGGGAAGCACUGGUCCAGAGACACAGUGAGAAGGAUGCUGUGACCUUUUAUGUGCAAACCUGUUGGUUGCUCUCUCUGCACAGUGGCUCAUAUGAAUGAGCUGAGCAAAGCAGAGAUUUGUCAAUUACCCGCAUGUAUUAAAAUACAUGAUUUUGGCCUCUCAGCCCUGUACCCAGUUUGCAAAUUGGGAAUAAGGGAGAUCUACAUCACUUUCAGAAUAUCUGCUACUGAGUAUUCAGUUUGCAGGGAGGUUAUGCAAUAUUGGCUAUUUAUUAAGCAUUAAUUCUGAUUUGUUUGUGGGAGUGUUAUAUGAUGUUGGGUCAAGUAAUUGUUACCCUAUACAUUCCAGUGCGUUUUUCAAUAAUUCAAUAAAAGUCACAUUUAGGAGGGGAGCAGGUUUUGUUGCACAAGAGAUCCAAAUUCACUUUAGUUAAUCGACCUGAAUUUUCUGGGAUGUGAUUGAAUCCCAACCUGCAAUUAGUGACCCUAAUGUGAAUGCAAACAGGUUAAAUAUUUAAAACUGGGAAAGUGUUAUGAAAUUUGACGUGGUAGUCAUUCUCAGAUGUUUUCCUAAUGAAUCUAGGAUCUCUCUUCCCUUGUCCUUUGUUUUGCUUAAUCCCAAAUGCUAUGGAAACAUUUUGUUAUUCUUGUUGUUACAAUGUAGGCCAAAGUAGACAUGAUGUGGGAGUUUCAACAAAGCAACCAUGGUUGGGGUCAGGUGGUGUGGAUUUUGUGUUUUUUUAAAGCUCCUCUGAUGGUUCUUCAGUGCAGAUCCCAACCCUCCCCCCUCCAAGCUGCUGUUAGUCAUGGAGCACAAAACAUAUGUCUAUAUUUUCCUUUCCAUUGUGAAUACCUGCUUUGGUGGAAAAUGUGUAUCAGGCAUGGAGCUAAGGGUUAAAUCUCCUCUCCCUAUGUACCGUAGUUCUGCUCCAAAUUGUGCCCCUUCUCCCCAUAGCUCCUUUCUGAGAAAGAAAAAGAUUGAGGUUGAAUCCUGACAAGACAGAAGUACUGUUUUUGGGGGACGGGGUGGGCUGGUGUGGAGGACUCCCAGCUCCCGAAUGGGGUAACUGUGUCCUUGAAGGACCAGGUACGCAGCCUGGGAGUCAUUUUGGACUCACAGCUGUCCAUGGAGGCGCAGGUUAAUUCUGUGUCCAGGGCGGCUGUCUACCAGCUCCACCUGGUACGCAGGCUGAGAUCCUACCUGCCUGCGGACUGUCUCGCCAGAGUGGUGCAUGCUCUAGUUCUAUCCCGCUUGGACUACUGCAUUGUGCUCUACGUGGGGCUACCUUUGAAGGUGACACGGAAACUGCAAUUAAUCCAGAUGCGGCAGCUAGACUGGUGACUGGGAGUGGCUGCUGGGACCACAUAAUACCAGUCCUGAGAGAUCUGCAUUGGCUCCCAGUACAUUUCCGAGCACAAUUCAAAGUGUUGGUGCUGACCUUUAAAGCCCUAAACGGCCUCAGUCCUGUUUACCUGAAGGAGCGUCUCCACCCCCAUUGUUCAGCCCAGACACUGAGAUCCAGCGCCGAGGGCCUUCUGGCGGUUCCCUCAGUGUAAGAGGCAAAGUUACAGGGAACCAGGUAGAGGGCCUUCUCGGUAGUGGCGCCAGCCCUGUGGAACACCCUCCCAUCAGAUGUCAAGGAAAUAAGCAGCUAUCUUAUUUUUAAAAGACAUCUGAAGGCAGCCCUGUUCAGGGAAGUUUUUAAUAUUUAAUGCUGUAUUGUUUUUAACACUCGAUUGGGAGCCGCCCAGAGUGGCUGGGGAAACUCAGCCAGAUAGGCAAGGUAUAAAUUAUUAUUAUUAUUAUUAUUAUUAUUAUUAUUAUUAUUAUUAUUACUACUACUACUACUACUAUUAUUUUUUAUUAUUAUUAUUAUUAUUAUUACUAUUACUAUUAUUAUUAUUUUAUUAUUAUUAUUAUUAUUAUUAUUAUUAUUAUUAUUAUAAAUAAUGGUGGGAGCAACAUCUUUCUGCUUCACAUGAUUUGACUGGGAGAUUGUAUGAAGGGUGAACUGGGGUACUGCUUAAGUCAUUAUUAGCUGACUUUACACUUUGAGAACUUUAGUUUUAUCGUUCUGAAGCACCAGUGUUAGGUUCCACGUGCUGAGUUUAGGCUUUGCAGCACAUUUUCUAUAUUGUUGCAAGCAACUUCAGACUUGAUGCUUUUACAGCACUGCAACAUGGCGAUAGCAGGACACCUACGUUGCUGUUUAGUUUGCAUUUCAUUUUUUGGGACGUGCUUCAUCUCUCACCACUUCAGGAUAGAGAACACAAAGCGGCAGAACAUGUUUUACAAAAUCCUGGAUACAUGCCAUGUGGCUUACGGGCAUCUUCUCAGAGUUGUUGCACUUUUUAUUGUAGCUAGAUGCAUGAUUGUUCUAGGAACCAGGCCAAUUUCAGAACAAACACAUUUUAGCUUGUUUUUGUUCAGCUUUGUUUGCAAAUUGUGUAUUUAAUUGUCUUGAGUUUACAAAGCUUACCUGAUUGGCCUUAACUUCAUGAGUUGCUUUGGUUUGAUAAAAAGCUGUUUGUGCGUCUCUUAAUCAUUAGAAUAAGUGCCUAGGAAACAUUAAUGCAGCAACACACUUCCCAAGCAACAAGGAUAAAGUUCCAGCUCAGCUAGGCCACCAAUUUGAGUGUAAUUUAGGGCUGACUAAACUGGGAUAGAUUUUGUACUGAAUAAGCAAACCAUAACCCUGCCAGCUUAUUCUAGGGGUGAAGAAAGGGCCAAGCUGGCAACUACUUAGAGCACAUACACAUGGUGCCUCCUGCAUGACGCUCUUGCCAUAGGUUGAGGGCAAUAAGGAAGCAGAGGCAGAACAGUCACUCAGAAGACAAUGACAAAAAGGUUAAGGGCACCUGAACAGGGAAUUCCUGAACUUACUUGAUAGAUUUGGGCAAUCUAUGUUCUGUACUUAAGGCAAUAUUUUAUUCUCUUGUUAAUUAUGCUAUUUUAAAUUGCAUUUCACAUUUGACUUCCUUUAGUAAUGUUUUCUUUUGAAAUGGCUAAGAUAAUGUUUUUUAGUUAGCUUUGCUAAGUUAAAUGUGCAUUCUGUAGUUGACCUCCUUUGUAAUGUUUUAUUUUGAAAUCUUAAAGGUAAUAUUUUGAUUUCCUGUUGCUUUCAAUGUAUACUUUAUAUUUGACUUUCUUCAGUAAUGCUUUGUUCUGGGUUGUUUUAGUUGAUGUUUUAAUGUGUUGUAAACUGAUUUGAGAUUUUUAAAAUUAAAAAUAUAAAGCGGUAUAGAAAUGAAAUGAGUAAAUAUAAUCAUAACCCUUUGCAUGAGAAACAAAUUUGGGAGGCCAGAAAUAAAGUUUACUUUGUUCUUAGAUAUUAUUCUGUUUAAUUUGGCACAUCUUACCUGAGAAUCUUCUGCUACUCUAUUCUAUUUAAUGCAACAAAUAAUUUUAGUAGCCAUGACCGUGGUUUUAUUGUAUUUGUGGUGCCCGAUGAUUUGUAUGGUUAUUGUUUUUUGUUGUUGCUGUUCUCCUUCUGAAUGAUGCCAUGGCCUAUGGCUAGUGCAAUAAAAAGUUUAAUUGGAAUAGAUAUUAUUCAAGCCAUUAUAGUUAGCAGCACUUUAAAUGAUGCACAGAAGUCAAAGGUUGUGGCUUAAACAAUCCAACCAGCCUCCCUUCAUCUCUUACAUGUGACAACACAUAUUUAUUGAAGCACCUAUAAUCUAUAUUUUUAAUAAAAGUAUAUCUAGGCAGUACACAAUUUAUGGUUAAAAAGAAAAAGAAAGCACAGGUCCAUCCUUUAAGACUGCCACCUUUCCUUCUGGUAAAUGACUUUAUAUGUUGUUAUUGUUAUUAUUUUAUACUAUUCUAAUGAUUGUUGAAUGUUACUUUUUUGUUGUAGGUUGCUUAUUUUAAAGUUUUGUUUUAUUAUCACAUUUUUGUAUUGCUUUUUCAGCUUGUAAACCGCCUUGAGUAUUGUAAGAUAGAAAGACGGUAUACAAAUUAAAAAUGAUGAAAUGAUGAUGAUGAUGAGAUGACCCAAAGGCUGAUUUUCAUUCCACCCCCACCCCCCGCAUCGCCUUUGCCUUUGCCUUUGCCCUUUUGCUAACUGUUAAUACUUCCUCCUAGAUGGUGUUGCUAUGGGCCACUCACUUUUUCCCUUCCCCUGAAGACUGGAUGGAUCUGGAAGGGUCCGUGUAUCGUCUUCUGGUGAUCUUGCUUUGUUGCUUAGUGACCAAACACCUCCCCCAUUUCCUGUAUCCAGAGCAAAAUAUGUUCCAGGGUGAUGAUGUCCUGGAAUUGAGCUCUUUGUAUCCCAAAGUGGAGAGUUUUGCUAUCGAACCUGAACAUUUCCUGAAGUUCAAUUUUGUAAGGGAAGGCAAAACACACCAGCAGAUGGACAAUGGUCUCAAAGCCUUACUUCAUCUCCCAGCUGAGGAUAAAGCCUAUUGGAGCACUGCCUUCUUUGAUAUGCUGCUUAAUAAGGUAAUAUACUCACAAACACAGGCUCAUAGUUGAGAACCAGAGAGGCUGUCUUCUGGUCUAUGAGACCUUCAUGCUUACUCUUGCACUCCUAAGUACAACCACUAACAAAGGUAUGGGGAACCUGUGGCCUCCAAUAUGUCGUUAAGACUACAAUUCCCAUGAUCCCUGGCCAGUGGCUAUGCUGGCUGCCAGGAACAUUCCUGUGUUGCAGGGGGUUGGACUAGAUGGCCCUUGGGGUCUCUUCCAGCUCUAUAAUUCUAUGAUUCUAUGAACAUCUGGAGGGCCGCAGGUUCUUCAUCCCACUGCACUGAAGGGUGAUUCAGAUUUUAUUUGUUUUAAAAGGUUUAUAUGGUGCUCACCAGUGUUUUACAAGAUAAAACACACAAAUAAAAAAGAGUAAAAGCCUGGGAAAAUCAAAAACAUUGAUGGCGCUAGUUCAAGUGGCUGGUUAUAAGUCACACAAGUAAGGGCAUGAUUCAUUUCAAAUAUGAUGACAUGCUCAUGUUGAGAUACUCUGCUCUAGUGCUUACUACCACCUGAAGUUACAACAAACUCUGUGAUAGUGACUGAGCCUUGAAUCAAUACUGUUUGAUUCUGAUAAUUUUCACAAUCUCAAUUUUGCAAGCUUUGACUAGCAUUGUGGUUAAAGCUUUUUUUUAAAUGCAUUAAAAAUAUUAUGAAAAACAAACCCGUAUCAAAACUUGGAAGCCAAAGGCACACAACGCCUUGAUAACACUUUUUGAUUUGAAUUAUUAAAAUAUCUCUCUGACUUAAUCAACUUGGUUUAGCUUCGUCCUGGGACCUGUAAUUCAAGCUUGCUCUUGAGGCUUCAGGGAAGAGCUAAGAGGGUGUCUCUUAUUGAUAUAUGGGACUGAAGAGAAAACAUACACAAUUAAAAGUCAGAUUUAAACUAAUAGCCCUUUCAUGCCUCAGCAGGCAGCCUUUCCCCAGGGCUAUUGCAUGAAGGCUGUUUCGCUCUCUUUAGUUUGUAAAAGCAGAAGGAAACCUUUUUCUUAAAGCUAUCAUGACUUAAAUUUAUACCAUAAUAAAUUUGUUAGCCUUUAAGCCACCAUAAGGUUCUUUGAUAUUUUUAAUAGGUAUCUGUUUUAUACUCUCCACUCACAGGUCUGCCAUGGGUAAAUUACAUGUUACAGUGAGCUGACUAUACACAAUGAACACAACACCCCCUUUACAUUGGCAAAGCACCUUCAGAAGGGAAUAACUCUGUACUGGAGAACGGAUGAGUGGGGAAUGAAUGUCACAAGCUGUUCUGUAGUCUUCUUGGCCCAUGUCUAACUCACAAACACAUAUGGGGUAAAAGCAUCUUUGUGAGUGCUCUGGGGACAAGUAGUAGAGACAAAUAGUUUCCUUAAAAAUAUAAAGCAGUAUAGAAAUGAAAUGAAUACUGUAUUGGCCUGAAUAUAAGCCGCACCUGAAUAUAAGAUGCACCUUUAAAAUUCAAGGGGGGGGCAGGAGAAAAAAAGACAAUACCCGAAUAUAAGCUGCUCCUUUAAAAAUCCGCAGGCACUCACACCCGUUCCAUUUUACCGCUUGUCUGUUUCAGCAGCGAUAUCGUAAAAGCCAGUCUUUGUAAGGUUAUGAAUUUAAGCCACACUUUAACUUUUCACAGUUGGAAUUUGGGGGAAAAAAGUGAGGCUUAUAUUAAGGCCAAUACGGUAAUAACAAUAGUAGUAGUAGUAGUAAUCAUUCAGUACAAAGUUACUAAUCUAAGUUCAGAAGCUGCUGGCAGCUUUCUUUCUUAAAGCAGCAAAUUGAUUUGUAUCUAUGGGUCGAUUUCUGAAUGAUGUGCAGUAGAUUGGCAACGAUUUCUGACUCCCAAUAGUACAAAGACAGGAAAACAAAAUGACUUCCAUUCCUCUUGCCCUAGAAGCAUGCUACUGAAAUGAAGGUUUUUAUGCGGAAUGUCUGUGAACUCUGUUCAGUUCUUGUACUCAAAAAUAAAAAAAUAUUUCAUACGAAGUGCAUGUAUCUUCCAAUAGGCUCCAUUUAGUUUUAGGUUCUCCAGGUUUUUAGCAAAAUAUGAAUGCAAAUUCUGUAUGCCUGAAGUCUGCCUACCCUUAUGCCAAAGUGUCUGCAGUUCAGAAUGUUUAUGUUGUUUCACUUAACAUCUAUAUUUUAUUCAGUUUCAGAUGUACCAUAUCAAAGACACACAGCGGAUUUCUGCUAUGUCACAACUCUUGUCUAGCAUCAAGAAAAUGGUGAAGAACCAGAGUUGAAAACAUUACUGUGGGAUCACAAGCUUUCCUGCCUGAAUGGACCUCACUUCAAGUUUCCUGUGAUCAAAAUUCCUAUCUGUUGUUGUUAAUGGCUUAUUUUUAUUUCUGGCUGUUGUGAUAAUUGCUUUAACAAGAAGAAGAGCACACACAAAAUGACAACUUAUAAUUGUAACCUGGUGGAAAUCACCAGACGGCAAUUCCAUGAUUAGGAACGAGGGUCCAAUUUCCUAUCCACUGUUUUUUAUAUAAGAAGUGAAUGUCCACAGUAGUGUUAUUUUAUGUAUAUAGUGCUCUGUAACAAUAAAGGGGAAGGAAUAAUAUAUUCACAUACUAUAGCAACUAGGUGAAAGAUUCUGAGUCUCAGCAGAACAGGGAAGCCUGUGCCUGAGGGAGAUGCAAGGCUCCUCUGAAAGGAGUAUUUUUUAUUUUAUUUAUUUAUUGAAUUUCUAUACUGCCCUAUACCGGAUGGUCUCAGGGCGGUUCACAGAAUAAAAUCAAAAUAUAAAACCACAAAAUACAUAAUCAGAAUAAAAACAAAAACCCAAUACCCCCCCAAACCCCACAUUUUAAAAGGGCAUAGGAUGUCAAUCGAAUCAACCUAAGACCUGGUUAAAAAGGAACGUUUUUGCAAUUUCAAAUAUUCAUUUUACAUCCUUAAAUUAUCAGUGACUUCCCUUCUUCUCUUUCCAUGGUUCAUUCUGUAAAACAGAAAAUCUAUGUAAAUGUUUUUGACUGGUGCCUAAAGGUGUAUAAUGAAGGCUCUAGGCAAACUUCCCUGGGGAGAGCAUUCCACAGAUGGGGAGCCACUGCAGAGAAGGCCUGUUCUCGUGUUGCCACCCUCCUGCCUCUCGAGGAGGAGGCACAUGAAGAAGGGGCUCAGAAGGUGAUCUCAGGGUCUAGGUAGGUUCAUAUGGAGAUGCGGUCCUUGAGGUAUCGUGGUCUGGAGCCGUUUAAGGCUUUCUAGGUCAAAACCGGCACUUUGAAUUGGGCCCAGAAACUUAUUGGUAGCCAGUGUAGUUGGACCAGGUAAUAUGCUCAAACUGUCUUGCUCUGGUGAACAACCUGGCCACAGAAUUCUGCACUAGCUGAAGUUUCCAAACCAUCUUCAGAGGCAGCCCUACGUAUAACACAUUGCAGUAAUCUAACCUUGAGGUUACCAGAGCGUGGACAAUAGUAGUUAGGCUAUCUCUGUCCAGACGGGGCAUAGCUGGGCCACCAGCCAAAGCUGAUGGGAAGCAUUCCGGGCCACUGAGGCCACCUGCGACAGCAAAGCAUCAGCUACAAACCUGCUCCUUCAGAGGGAGUGCAACUCCAUCAAGAGCAGGCAAGCUCCCACCCAUCUGGUCCAGGGAACCACCCACUAACAGUACCUCAGUCUUACCUGGAUUGAGUUUCAGUUUGUUGGCUCUCAUCCCGUCCAUUACCGAGGCAAGACACUGGUCCAGUGGUGAGUCUCCUAUCUCACCUUUGUAAGACUCAUGAAAACAUGGACAGCAAUCUGCUGGCAUCUCUGCAAACAUCUUCCGGUCCUUCAUCUGUGAGAGCUCAAUAUGUGAGGAGGAAAUUCAAAUCUAGAAGGUGGACUUGUACGAAUCUACGGCUGCAGAAGGGUGUUCUGCAACUAGCCAGCUGCUCCCUGCUCUCCAGUUCUAAGCAUAGCCUGCAGCCAGUGUUGGCUCAAUAUAGUUUGUUGCCUGAGGCUGAGAAGCAAAUAACACCUAUUCCCCCACCAAGUCAAGGUGCAUAGUACCCAUUAAGGCCAGACAAGUUAUUUUGGUACCUGAGGCAGAAAACCUAACAAGCACUUCCAUCCCUCCCUUGUAGCAAAAGUACAUUAAUAAUAAAUUUUGUAAUAAUUUGUUGCCUUUUCACAUCUCCCCAAAGCAGCUAUCACGCUUUGACUAAUGGUAGGGCUACCCCUCUGUGCAGUGCAGCUGAGGGUACUAUACUGGCUGUAGGCUCUGCCUGUGCGUGUCUAUACUUUAAAAACAGGUUUUGGAUACUGAGAAGCUUUAAUUCUGGAAGUUACUAAAGUGUGUAAUUAUUUUAUUUUUCAUUUAGUUGUAAAAUGUGGUGCUUUGUUGCAAGCAAAGCCUUACAAAAGCCUUGCUGGACCAGCCCAUGUACUGUAGUCUUUGUUAUUGCCACAGAAUAUAUUUAUCUUUCAGGCAUAUGAAGAAUUCAUGUAAUAGGUUUAAAGUACUGUAUAUCUUUUUGCAUAUUUGUAUCAAACAUUCCAUGUAUUUAAGAGUGCUUCCUUAUAGUCCUAAUUACUUUUAAGAUCCAUUUAACGUAUGUAAAUUCUUAAUUGUGGGAAAACACACAGUGCUGAUAUACUUCUGUAUGAAUUAUGAGACCUGAUAUCUGGUCAUUAAAUUAAUCCCUGCCUUCCAAUUCCUGCCUCUAAAGUUUUAUUGGAGACAUGUUACUCUAGACUUUUACAAACACUGGUGAGAUAAAUUUUCACAUCACCUGUGAUAACUAGGAUGCCGGGCCAGUAUGCUGCAUUCAUGAAGUAUGUGAGGUGUCUGCCACCACACCGUAAAUACAAUUGCAAAUAUUAAAUAGUUAAAAAUCCAGAGAUGCAGUAUGUCCAGAACCACUUACCCAAAUCAAUUUUCUUUAGUCUUUAGCACUCACCAAAAUCCCAUUUCGCUACAGCAUUUCAUACUGUCAUAUAAGAAACUAUGGAAUAAUCUACAACAACAAUAACAAUCUUUAUUACGGUCCAGAGACCCAACAAAUCGUUACAAAGCAAUACACAAUUCAUACAGCCUGCCUCUAGGUUAAACAAGCAUUUUGUUCAGAAUAUAGGGAUCAUUGGUUCUUGCAACCACCGAUAAAAACUUUGCCACUGCUAAUGUUCUAGCAUUUGUCCGGUCUUCCAAUAGGAACCUGACAUAGUGAGUCUCUGAUUUUCCCGGGAAAGGUACCAGCAAGGGUAGUAUCAGUUCAGCCCUGGCUUGCUCAUCUUUUGCACAGUGCAACAAAAUAUGUUUUAUGGAAUCGAUGUCUUGAGCACACGAGCAAAGUCUGUCCUGGUAGGGAACUCCUCUCAACCUGCCAUCCAACACUGCAGAAGGAAAGACGUUUAGUCUGGCUUUGAUGAAAAGCCUUCAAUAGUUUGGUACUGUCAAGUUUUUAAUGUAAGAUGUUAAUUUAAAGACAUGCCCAUAUUGUACUCCUACUGCCAGUGGACUACAGACUGUGUGUGAUCGAGAUCGCAAGUCACUGUGUGCAUUAUGCCAUAAUCUUUGCUUUAAUCUAGUACCAUGGAAUAAUCUAGUACCAUGGAAACAUAACUCCUUGAUUCUGUAAAUAAUAGCUCCAACUGCCAUUGUGAAGUCAUGUUCUGUAGAUUCUUUCAAGUAUCUCUCUCUUGCACAUACACACACAUUAAAACAAGACUGAGCCUCUACCCAAGAAACACAGGUUAGUGCACGAGUUCCUAAAGUUAAUGUUGUUGAAGCUUGCCAGAUCAGGAAUCUAUCUUGAAUCCCUAUCCAUCCCAUAGAUGCUUGGCUUCAAAUAGUGAUUUUUUUUCAAAUGGCAUAUUUGGAUCCUUCUUGAUUUUAGGGCACAUUUCAUGGUAUUAUUUAUCUGCGAGAACCACAGGGUAUAAAACUUGUCUGAAAGGAAAGUGUGAACCUUCUCAUACAAGCACAGAAAGGACUCCCAGACACCCAAGCAUUAGUACAUUUUAUGGUAAAAUAAUUUGGGCCAGCAUUGUCCUAUAAACUUCUGUACCAAAUGUAGACUUUUGGUAUGUCUUGCCAGUAUUCAUGCAUGGGGAAAAGAAGUCAUAUUCAGACCCUUUGGUCCUUCAGCACAACAUAGUACAAGGGAUCAAAUGUGACUUGAUUAAUUUAUUUGGCAUCUUAUAUACUGCUUUUCAACCACUGGUCUCAAAGCAGGUUAGAAAAAUAAAAUCCUGAUGCAAUUAUGGCAAUAAUAAUAAACAUUAUACAAAGACAGAUUAAUUCAAGAGGGUUGACAGGGGAACAGGAUCUAAUCAUGAAUGUUUCUGGCCGCUUAACCUGGACAUCAGAUGGACGCUCGGAUCUAGAAGUACUCUUAAGCUCUGAAGCUGAUCUUUGGGGGAAGUCCAUCCAACACUCCAAAGGAAUUUAUUUAUUUGACCACUGAUACUGAUUGAGAGGACCAAAAUUCAUAACAAUUCCAACUAUAUAAUGACUCAGAUGUGUGAGUUGACAGUUACAGCUUUAAAGACACACAUGCUUCUUUAAAGAGGAUACAUGCGGAACUCUCUUUCAAGUGAGAUUAACAGGCCAUAAUAUCCCCACAAGUCUGUAAGCAGGCCUUGAAAACGAAUUUGUUAACUGUUGUUUUACAUAACUAACUGGACUGUGCAAAUUUGUGGUGCUGAUUUCUACUAUUUUAUUGUGAUUUAUGGGACACGGGUGGCGCUGUGGGUUAAACCACAGAGCCUAGGACUUGCUGAUCAGAAGGUUGGCGGUUUGAAUCCCCGCGACGGGGUGAGCUCCCGUUGCUCGGUCCCUGCUUCUGCCAACCUAGCAGUUCGAAAGCACGUCAAAGUGCAAGUAGGUAAAUAGGUACCACUCCUGUGGGAAGGUAAAUGGCGUUACCAUGCGCUGCUCUGGUUCGCCAGAAGCGGCUUAGUCAUGCUGGCCACAUGACCCGGAAGCUGUACGCCGGCUCCCUCGGCCAAUAAAGCGAGAUGAGCGCCACAACCCCAGAGUCGGCCACAACUGAACCUAAUGGUCAGGGGUCCCUUUACCUUAUGGUCAUAUUGGGCUUUUGUUUAAAGGUGCUUUACAUAUUGGUACUGCACAUUCUUUAAUUUAUACAUUUGUGUUUGUUCCCUUGUGUGGAACCUCCCCCCUGAAAUGUGGCAUAUAAAUGUAUUCAAUAAGUACAUUAAUUUAAAAUAAUCAUACAUGAAUGAGACAAUUCAGAAUUCUCCAUGUAUUCCUAUGGCUGUUUGGAAGGAACCAAUGCAUUACAAUUACCAUUGUCUGCUAUUUUAGUAGAUGCUGAGUGAUUUACUGCUUUAUAUGACAGCAUUUGUAUAUCACUUAAUCAUAAAACCCUUUAUGUGUUUUAAAUAAAAUGCCAUAGCCCUGGGGGGUGGUGUUAUUGGUUAUUAGUUAUUGGAGAGGGAUUUUUGGAGAGAGCAUUCCACAACUGGUAAGCCACCACAGAAAAGGCCACUAUUGUCUUGCUACCCUCUGGACCUUUCAAAGAGAAGGCUCACAGAGAAGGGCCUCAGAUGAUAAUUUUUUGCAGGGUCUAGAUUGGUUCAUAUGGGGGAGGGGGAGAGGAGAUCCUUGAGGUAGAAAGUGCUUGGCAAAAAAAGAGAGAGAGAGAAAGAAACAAGACUUUGGCAAUCCCACCUGCCAUUUCACACAAUGUGUUUUGACUAUAGAGUAUGGGAUUUUGGCUUUAGGAGCGAUCCCCAGAAUGCAACCCCAGAGGGCUUAUUCAGAUGUUACUUUACUCUCUUAUCAAAUGAGGGCUGGGAGAGCAUUGCACAAAAAAAGUACGAAGGGAUUUUGUGCAAUGGUCAAUAGGCACACUGUUGUUGUUGUUUAGUCGUUUAGUCGUGUCCGACUCUUCGUGACCCCAUGGACCAGAGCACGCCAGGCACUCCUGUCUUCCACUGCCUCCCGCAGUUUGGUCAAACUCAUGCUGGUAGCUUCAACAACACUGUCCAACCAUCCCGUCCUCUGUUGUCCCCUUCUCCUUGUGCCCUCCAUCUUUCCCAACAUCAGGGUCUUUUCCAGGGAGUCUUCUCUUCUCAUGAGGUGGCCAAAGUAUUGGAGCCUCAGCUUCACGAUCUGUCCUUCCAGUGAGCACUCCGGGCUGAUUUCCUUAAGAAUGGAUAGGUUUGAUCUUCUUGCAGUCCAUGGGACUCUCAAGAGUCUCCUCCAGCACCAUAAUUCAAAAGCAUCAAUUCUUCGGUGAUCAGCCUUCUUUAUGGUCCAGCUUUCACUUCCAUACAUCACUACUGGGAAAACCAUAGCUUUAACUAUACGGACCUUUGUUGGCAAGGUGAUGUCUCUGCUUUUUAAGAUGCCGUCUAAGCAUACUUAUUUCCAAGUAAGUCACUUUGCAAUCAGUGGAACUUCGAAAUGUGAGUUUAGGGUUAGACGACCUCAGUUUGGUAAAUUAACAUUAGUGACGCUUUCUGCUCAUGCUUCCAGAGUGAACAAAGAGGAAGUAGGAGAUGGCAUCCCAAGAGAAGACGAAGGGGAAGAUAAAACAGAAAAUGAGGCAGAAUCUGCACUUGAUUAUGAUGAUGAUGAAGAAGAAACUGAACACUGA